GGUGCGAAGCUACCAGUGUUCCGACUUCGCUUCCGAUGGGCGCUCCAUGGUUUUCUUUUUCCCACCCAAUGCUUCUGCUUCCGGCUUGCCCGUUUGAUCUCUCUCUUAAAGGCGUUGCUGCCAUCGUCCGCUCCGUCAAAGCACCGUGCACGAGAAGAAAGCGAACGGGGCGAAUUACUUGAAGUUAUACCUCCCGUGGCAUCGCUUACGCAACUGGUGUGGUGAUUCGAAGCUGUGUAGAUUAUACAAAGAGAUAAACGUUGCCGAGCGCAGUCGAAAUCAGGCCACGAAGUUGUUCUACUUACAGAUCCUGGACUUGGUCGUGGCUGAACGGACGAUGGUGUCGGUAGAAGCCUUCCGCGUCCUGGAACAGUCGCAGGUCUCCCCGACGAAUGGAUCGGCGCCGCCCGCCUCCAUCCCUCUCUCCUUCUUCGACAUAGUCAUGUCGCCCGCCGGCCCCGUUCGGCGCAUCUUCUUCUACGACUUCCCCCACCCCACCGCCGUCGUCGUUGACUCGGUGCUGCCCCGACUCAGGUCGUCCCUCUCCCUCGCCCUCCAGCGGUUCUACCCCCUCGCGGGGAAUCUGUUGUGCUCCUCCAGCCCUGACGACCGAUCCGGGAUCGGCUGUGCCGACGGCGACUCGGUCUCCUUCGUCGUGGUCGAGUGCGUCGGGGUGGACUUCCGGGAGCUCUCCGGGACACGUGCGCACAGCGUGGCUGAGCUGCGGCUGUUGGCGCCUCAGCUGGUUUGGUCGGGCGCUGCCAAGCCACUGCUGGCCGUGCAGGUGACCGUGUUCCCUAACCACGGCUUCGCCGUCGGGGCGUCGGUGCCACACACCGUAUGCGACGGCUCGAGCUACGUGCAGUUCAUGAACGCUUGGGCUUCCGCCUGCCGAACGGGCCAGCUCGCCGAACCGGCGCCGUCCUUCGACAGGACGGCCGUCCCCAACCCUCUUCAGCUCCGCUCCGUCAACAUAUUACCCGGUUUCGACCGCUGCGGAACCGAAGAAUCUCCCACCCUUGCGUCCGACUUCGUCAGCGCGACCUUCUGCCUCACGCAGGAUCAGUUACAGAGGCUCAAGAGAUCGGUGACGGCCAAGUUCGACGAGCGCCACGGCUCGUUCCAUUGCUCGACCGCCGUGGUGACGUACGCCUACGCAUGGAUCUGCCUCGUCAAGACCUUCGGCUACGCCGGCGAUAAGAUUGCUCAUCUAAUAUUCCUCGCAGAUUACAGAGCUCGGCUGCAGCCGCCGCUGCCGAUGUCAUACUUCGGCAACUGCAUCGUCCCGUGCUUCGUGGAGGUGAAGGUGAGCGAUCUCGUGGGGGAGGAUGGAAUCGUGGUGGCCGCUGAGGCAAUCGGCAAAGCCGUACAGGGGUUGAGAGAUGGAGCAGCCUUAGAAGGCGUGCACGGGUGGGGCGGGAGAUGGCGAUUUGCGGCGACGCAGCAGGCCAUGACCGUCGCGGGAUCGUCCAGGUUCAGGGUUUACGACGCUGACUUCGGGUGGGGAAGGCCGGUGAAGGUCGAGAUGGUGAUCCAGAGGGCGGGAGCCAUAUCGCUGGCAGAAAGCAGAUCAGGAGACGGUGUCGAGAUUGGCUUGUCGUUUGACAGGACCGAGAUGGAUUUAGUUGACCGGCAUUUCUCUGACGGCCUCAAACUUCUCUCAGAAUAAAUCUAUUCGUAGAAGUGUUCUUCCUUCCAACGUUUCGUCGUCUUAGUUGACAAUAAGGAUGCACGUCUCAGUUUAUUUAGGUUCUCCGAACUUUAUAAUAUGUUUUUGGUGUGAUGAUCCUGCUUGCUGCAUAGGGAUCGAUUCUAUGUACUGAUUGCAUCGACUUGUUCUUCGUAGUACCCAACCAAGUUCAAAGUCUUUAAAGAUUC